CCGGAGGGGGCUUUCAGAGGUGUUAGGUCGUGAGCGGCGGAGGUCGGACGGUGCCGACAGUAGCCAGCCCAUGGCUGUCCUCCUGCUGCUGCUGCUGCUGCUGCUGCUGCCGCCGCUGCUGUUGCUCAAGCGGCGCCUCUGGCCGCAAUUGCGCUGGCUUGCGGCAGACUUGGCUUUCACGGUGCGCGCCGUGCGCUGCAAAAGGGCUCUUAGAGCUCGCGCUCUGGCAGCGGCCGCCGCCGACCCGGAAGGUCCUGGAGGGGGCUGCAGCCUGGCCUGGCGCCUGGCACAACUGGCCAGGCAGCGCCCCGCGCACACCUUCCUCGUCCACGGCGGGCAGUGCUUCAGCUACGCGGAGGCGGAGCGCGAGAGUAACCGGGCUGCGCGCGCCUUUCUGCGCGCCCUGGGCUGGGAAGGGGGGCCAGGUGAUGGCGGCGCGAGGAGCGCUGGGGAAGGCGAGCAGGCGGUGCUUGCGGAGCGUGGCGGGAAUGGGGCAGCCAGUGGAGGAACCGCGGUCCCGCUGGAACCUGGGGUGACCGUGGCGCUGCUCCUCCCCGCCAGCCCAGAGUUCUUGUGGCUGUGGUUCGGGCUGGCAAAGGCGGGUCUGCGCACAGCCUUCGUGCCCAGCGCCCUGCGCCGGGGCCGGCUGCUGCACUGCCUCCGCUGCUGCGGCGCGCGCGCGCUUGUACUGGCGCCAGAGUUUCUGGAGUCACUGGAGCCUGACCUGCCCGCCCUGAGCGCCAUGGGGCUCUGCCUGUGGGCUGCCGGCCCUGUCACCCAUCCCGCAGGGAUCCGCGACUUGCUGUCUGAAAUGUCGGCUGAAGCUGAUGGGCCAGUGCCGGGACGCCUCUCUGCUCCCCAGAGCAUGACUGACACGUGCUUGUACAUCUUCACCUCGGGCACCACCGGUCUGCCCAAGGCUGCUCGAGUCAGUCAUCUGAAAAUCCUACAAUGCCAAGGCUUCUACCAGCUGUGUGGCCUCCACAAGGAGGACGUGAUCUACCUUGCUCUCCCACUCUACCACAUGUCUGGCUCCCUGUUGGGCAUUGUGGGCUGCCUGGGCAUCGGGGCCACAGUAGUGCUGAAGUCCAAGUUCUCAGCUGGUCAAUUCUGGGAGGACUGCCAGCAGCACAGGGUGACGGUGUUCCAGUACAUCGGGGAGUUGUGCCGAUACCUUGUUAACCAGCCCCUGAGUGAGGCAGAACGUGGCCAUAAGGUCCGGCUGGCGGUGGGCAGUGGGCUGCGCCCAGACACCUGGGAGCGUUUUGUGCGGCGCUUUGGGCCCCUACGGGUGCUGGAGACAUACGGGUUAACAGAGGGCAAUGUAGCUACGUUCAACUACACUGGACAGCAAGGUGCAGUGGGGCGCACCUCCUGGCUUUACAAGCACAUCUUCCCCUUCUCGUUGAUUCGUUAUGAUGUCACUACAGGGGAGCCAAUUCGGGAUACCCAGGGGCACUGUGUGGCUACAUCUCCAGGUGAGCCAGGGCUGCUGGUGGCUCCAGUAAGCCAGGAGUCCCCAUUCCUGGGCUAUGCGGGGGGUCCAGAGUUGGCCCAGGGAAAGCUGCUGAAGGAUGUCUUCCGGCCUGGAGAUAUUUUCUUCAACACUGGGGAUCUAUUGGUCUCUGAUGACCAAGGCUUUCUUCGUUUCCAUGAUCGUACUGGAGACACUUUCAGGUGGAAGGGGGAGAACAUAGCCACAACUGAGGUGGCAGAGGUCUUCGAGGCCCUGGAUUUUCUUCAGGAGGUGAAUGUGUACGGAGUCACUGUGCCAGGGCAUGAAGGCAGGGCGGGAAUGGCGGCCCUAGUUCUGCGUCCCCUCUACUCUUUGGACCUGGUGCAGCUCUACACUCAUGUUUCUGAGAACUUACCACCUUAUGCCCAGCCUCGAUUCCUAAGGCUUCAGGAGUCUUUGGCCACCACAGAGACCUUCAAACAGCAGAAGGUUCGGAUGGCAAAUGAGGGCUUUGACCCAAAUGUGUUGUCUGCCACCCUCUACGUUCUGGACCAGGCUGCGGGUGCCUACCUGCCCCUCACAUCUGCCCGGUACCGGGCUGUCCUGUCUGGGGACCUGCGAAUCUGAGACCUUCUGUAUCCAGUGUGCCUGGGGGUAUGUUGUGGGAUGGGGGUAUUGCAGGUGCCCCAGGGGCUGUCAGAGAUCUUUCAUAUACUAGGUUUGUGGUAAUAAAGGGUCUGGAGCCUG